CCGCAAGAAUCUUCCGAUCUGAACGACGAGGAUGACGUAGCCGCGGAACGUGAAAUGGAGGAAGCGGCCAUGGACAGUUGGAGCGCGGCGAUCAACUAUCAGGCUAGCUUAACCGACUCCAAUCAGGUCAUGGCGACGGACGCGAAUGGGCCCACCAAACGGCCACCUCGCAUUCGAAAAGCUGCUUACUUCUCAGAUGAAGAGGAAAUAGAUGAGGCAGAUAACUGA